UGGGGAUUUUAAUUGAGACAGAUGAUGUUUAUCGGGCAUCCCACCACCUGAGGGUUUUCGCAACAGAGUCACAUGGGAGUCCAUCAGAACUUAUGGCACUGAUUCAAGUGCUGUCAUAGAUAACCAGGACUGCUGUUUUUGGUUACUUUUAAAGACAAUUUCAUCUGGACUUUCUGGGUAUAUCCUCCUUCAGCAAAACCACAUUAGGCUGGGAAAGCUAUUCUCCUUCCUGGAAGUAAUGACAACUUGCAACCAACAAGCUUACAAAAAUACAAAGAUUUCUGGAGCGUAUGGCUUCCAUUACAUUAUUCUUUUAUAGCCUUUUAUGUUCAUUCCCACAUCCCAGAGCCGACCACUGGAGCUGACUUCCGCAAUCCUGAUGGAAUAAAUCUGGCACCCCUGAUGGUCUGCCCACACUUUGCUGCUGAAACGAAGCCUGACAACAGUUCCAUCAGCAGGAUGUGGGGGCUCAAGGUUCUGCUACUACCUGUGAUGAGCUUUGCUCUGUACCCUGAGGAGAUACUGGACACCCACUGGGAGUUAUGGAAGAAGACCCACAGGAAGCAAUACAACAGCAAGGUGGAUGAAAUCUCUCGGCGUUUAAUUUGGGAAAAAAACCUGAAGUAUAUUUCCAUCCAUAACCUUGAGGCUUCUCUUGGUGUCCAUACAUAUGAACUGGCUAUGAACCACUUGGGGGACAUGACCAAUGAAGAGGUGGUUCAGAAGAUGACUGGACUCAAAGUACCCGCCUCUCAUUCCCACAGUAAUGACACCCUUUAUAUCCCAGACUGGGAAGGUAGAGCCCCAGACUCUGUCGACUAUCGAAAGAAAGGAUAUGUUACUCCUGUCAAAAAUCAGGGUCAGUGUGGUUCCUGUUGGGCUUUUAGCUCUGUGGGUGCCCUGGAGGGCCAACUCAAGAAGAAAACUGGCAAACUCUUAAAUCUGAGUCCCCAGAACCUAGUGGAUUGUGUGUCUGAGAAUGAUGGCUGCGGAGGGGGCUACAUGACCAAUGCCUUCCAAUAUGUGCAGAAGAACCGGGGUAUUGACUCUGAAGAUGCCUACCCAUAUGUGGGACAGGAGGAGAGCUGUAUGUACAACCCAACAGGCAAGGCAGCUAAAUGCAGAGGGUACAGAGAGAUCCCCGAGGGGAAUGAGAAAGCCCUGAAGAGGGCAGUGGCUCGAGUGGGACCUGUCUCUGUGGCCAUUGAUGCAAGCCUGACCUCCUUCCAGUUUUACAGCAAAGGUGUGUAUUAUGAUGAAAGCUGCAAUAGCGAUAAUCUGAACCAUGCGGUUUUGGCAGUGGGAUAUGGAAUCCAGAAGGGAAACAAGCACUGGAUAAUUAAAAACAGCUGGGGAGAAAACUGGGGAAACAAAGGAUAUAUCCUCAUGGCUCGAAAUAAGAACAACGCCUGUGGCAUUGCCAACCUGGCCAGCUUCCCCAAGAUGUGACUCCAGCCAGCCAAACCAUCCUGCUUUUCCAUUUCUUCCGCAAUGGUGCAGUGUAACGAUGCACUUUGGAAGGGAGUUGGUGUGCGAUUUUUGAAGCAGAUGUGGUGAUGCUGAGAUUGUCUGUUCAGUUUCCCCAUUUGUUUGUGCUUCAAAUGAUCCUUCCUACUUUGCUUCUCUCCACCCAUGACUUUUUUCACUGUGGCCAUCAGGACUUUCCCUGACAGGUGUGUACUCUUAGGCUAAGAGAUAUGACUACAGCCUGCCCCUGACUGUGUUGUCCCAGGGCUGAUGCUGUACAGGUAGAGGCUGGAGAUUUUCACAUAGGUUAGAUUCUCAUUCACAGGACUAGUUAGCUUUAAGCACCCUAGAGGACUAGGGUGACCUGACUUCUCACUUCCUAAGUUCCCUUCUAUAUCCUCAAGGUAGAAAUGUCUGUGUUUUCCACUCCAGUUCAUAAAUCUAUUCAUAAAUCUUUGGUACAAGUUUACAUGAUAAAAAGAAAUGUGAUUUAUCUUCCCUUCUUUGCAUUUUUGAAAUAAAGUAUUUAUCUCUUGUCUAUAGUUUAAUAAAUAGCAUCUAGUACACAUUCA